AUGGCUAGGUUUUGGCACAGCUGUGCCCUAUGCGCUGCCCUGAUCAUGCCGCUGCUGAUGACGCCGCCCAUCUCGGACCCGUCAGAUGAGGAAGUCGUCGAAGAUUCGACUGGACCGUACCUGCAAGUAGGGGCCACCUUCUUUGCAGUGGCUGUCAUGGUCUGGACCUUUGUGGCGGCCUGGCUGUGCUACAGCGGGCCUCUUACAGAAGGCGUCCUCGCCGCCAAAAAGACGGGCAUAGAAGGUCAAAAGACGGAAGGUGAGCCCUCCGACAUCUCCGAAAGCGUCCUUCAGAGAGUCGCGCAAGGUUUCGCAGACUUCAUCAUCGAAAACAGCAGAAAGGAAGAUCCAUCAGGCGGUGAGAUGCGAAGCCUUGACCUGGCCAAGUUCGAGGAGUUGGUUGCAGUUGCUCCUGCAGCUGCAGCAUCAGCGCUUUAUGGCUACAAGGGCGGCAGUGGGCCUUCCAAGGAGACCAAGGAGAAAGACAUCUCCUUCGGAGUGAAGGAAACACCUUCUCAGCCGAGCUCGAAGCCUUCCGACAAGAAAGCACAAGGCAGAGCUGCCCAGACUCCUGCCAGUCGGUGUGGAAGCUGCGUCAACAACACGAAGAGUUGCAGUUGCUACAACUUGAGCACGCCAGACGGGAACAUCCAAAUACCUCAGCUGGACACGCCUCAUCUGAACCUGUUCAAGGAGCUCCUCAGAGAUCGCUUGGUGGCCAACUUGAUGGGCGAAGGUAGUCAGAAGAUCUCCGAAACCACCGACGAAGAGGUGAAGCUUGCGGGUGGCAAGGCUUCUUCGUCAGGCCUGGCUUCGUUGAACCCCCGGCUGCCGCGAUGGUUCUCGGGCCCGGAUGCCGAGCAAGAGAAGAGCGAUGCUUGCCUAAAGCCGGUGAAGGAAGACGCCCUGGAGGAGCUGUUGCUGCAGCUGCUGCAGUCCACCUCCAUCGACGACAAGAUAACGGCCCCCUGGACUUCGCAGAGACACCGGAACUCCAAAGGCAGUGCCAAGGACUCCGGAACGUCCACCUCCUCCAUGGCCGAGCAUGCUCGAGAAGUUGGCAACAAAUACUUCAAGGAGCAGCAGUUCGCCACCGCCGUGCACUGCUACGAGGUCGCCGCCUUGCUCUGCCCGUCUGGCUCUGCCUGCCAAACGGAGCAGCUGGCGAGCUACCACUGCAACUGUGCUCUGGCGUGCCUUCAUCUUCACAGGUACGGGGACGCAGUCAGCGAGUGCCGCUCUGCGCUUGUGCUCAUGCCAUCCAUGCAGUUGACCGUAAAGGCGCUGCACAGGCUGGCCGCUGCGCACAUCUACCUCCGCAACUUCUGGGAGGCGGCGCGCUGCCUGCAGAACUGCCUGGAACUGGAGCCCUCCAACGACCAGGUGCGGAAGUUGCUGGAAGCCGUCCAGGUUCUGGAGAGCCAGCGUUCCGAGGCGCGGUCAAGUCGAAGCUGCAUGGCUUGGGCCGACAUUGGAAAGAUCCAAUGUGUCAGCCGAGACAAGUCGAAGAAGCGGCGGGGGAAGCAGAAGAAAGGCAUGACCUUGAGUGACGAGGUGCGGCAGCUGGAUCGUGAGGCCGGUAUCUGGCACACCAUGGUGUCGCACAACUCCAAGCUCUACAUCUUCGGAGGCUUCUCCGAUGGGGGCGAGCCGCUGGGGCAGGGCGAUGCGCGCGGCGCAUAUGGAAUUUCAGAGGCUUUGGGUUCUGAUGAGUUUCACGUAUUGGAUUUGGAGAGUAUGGAGCUACGGCAGCUCUAUGGCCUCGGGGCGGGGGCGAAGCCGCCGCAGUCUUGCUACUGCCACACGGCUACGGUGGUGGGCAAUAGCAUGCUGGUCUUCGGCGGCUGUGGGCCCAGCUUCGACCAGCUCCCGGGCCUCAUGGUCUACGACUUUGCCCAGGGAAAGUGGCGAUGUCCUCCUUGCUCUGGCACGCCGCCUCGGCAGCGGCAAGGUCACUCUGCGUGCGCAGUGCAGGACGAUAGCUGCCUGUGCGUGUUUGGGGGCAUCGAGCUCACCAUUGAGCAGGGCAUUGGCAGGGUUUACAACGAUGCCGUCGUCCUGGACGUGACGUCCUGGACGUGGACGAAGCAGAACCCCUCGGGCAACAUCCCUGCUGCCAGGUUUGGGCACGCCGCGACUACUCUGCCGCGGCAAUCGUCGUGCAUGCUGGUCAUUGGAGGUCGUGAUCACAUGACAUCUCCCAAAGAUGCGCUGGUUCGCGACCACACGGGCCUUCACAUUCUGGACACUGCCAGGCAAACCUGGACAGAGCAGUCCUUUGGUGGCCGGCCGCCAGAGAAGGCAUUCUACCCUUCGACCUGCUUGAUUGACGAUCAGACGCUGCUCUUUCUUUCGGGCAGCCGUGGUCGCUGGGAGCCUGCCAAGGACGUGCUGGAAGUCUUCCUCUUGGACCUCGAGGCCUGGGUUUGGAGCCGGCCAUGCCUCCAGGGUAUCCCGCCGUGCCCCCGCGUGGGCCAAACAGUGGCGGCCGUGGGUGACCGCGUGUACCUGUUCGGCGGAUUGACCCUGCGUGGCGAUGCAGCCAUCGUGGACAAGGCCGUGUACUUGCUCGAGACGACACAGGAGCGGCGCCUCGAUGGUGCCAGUCUGGCACAAGCCAAGGCCUCCGACCUGAAGCCCACGCUGAAGAGCCUUGUGCCUGAGCCCGGCUUCGUUGAGUCUUGUGCAAAGACGCCGCCAGAGGAGAAAAACCAGCGCGACAUCACGGAGAAAGCUACUACUGCCGGCACGACGCCGUGCGACAGCCCUCGUGGCACCACCGCUUCCAGCACGGGAGACAGAGGAGCCUCUCUCGUCGAGCACUUCGGCGUUCCGGAGUGCGGCGAGCCUCAGGAAGAAGACGAGGAGAUGGAGGACGAGCCCGAGUUGAGCUUCGAGGAGCUGCUGGAGCAGGAGAAAGCUUUCUUCAAAACGCAGAGCAAGAAGACGUCUUUCCCACGGUCGCAAGCCACUCAAGAGGUUCGCCGAAAGGAGAACCGUGGAAAGAAGGGCAGCAAGCCGUAA